CAAAGAGAAGAUCGAAGGAGACCAGAAACAGGAAAAGAAAAUGUCGGGCAGAGGAAAGAGAAAGGACGAGGACGGUGCGUCGGACGACAACUCUGAGGGCCACGCGCCUCCCAAGAAAACCUCCAAGACUGAGUCCACCGACGAUUCAGACGACAUUGUCGUUUGCGAGAUAUCGAAGAACAGAAGAGUGACAGUUAGGAACUGGCAGGGAAAGGUUUGGAUAGAUAUUCGCGAGUUCUAUAACAAAGAUGGCAAGCAACUGCCUGGAAAGAAGGGAAUAUCAUUAAGUGUGGAUCAGUGGAAUGUACUUCGGGAUCAUGUAGAGGAAAUUGACAAGGCACUCGCUGACUCUUAGAAGCUUAGGUGGACGUGUUGUGGGAGUGUAGGAUCUUCUUGUUUUGGUUGUAAGAAAGUGGAAAAUGGUAGGCAGAUGUCCUUUUUGUGUUUGCUUGCAGUUGAUUGCUGCAUUUUGCAUAGGCCCUGUAAGUGGUAUGUCUGAAUCCCCUUUGUCCAAAUUAUGGGUGUAGCUAUUGUCUGUAAUUACUAAUUAGUCAUUAUUACUGUGGUUAGAGGGUCUGCACAUUAUUACCAAAACUUAAUCCAUUGCAAGCAUUAUCCUUAUUAAAAAA